CUGCUUCUGUCUGUUCUCACUGCGGCUGCGUGGAGCUGCCAGCGGCUCGUGCUCUCAGCCACAGAUCAAUAGUUGUAUCAAUAGUUGUAUCAAUAGUUGUAUCAAUAGUUGUAUCGAUAGUUGUAUCGAUAGGUGGGUUAGUGGUCGUCCGACCUCGGAGCGAUGGCGAACGACUCCGUGAAACUGUCCAAGAACCUGCUGCGGAUGAAGUUCAUGCAGAGAGGGCUGGAUGCAGAGACGAAGAAGCAGCUGGAGGAAGAUGAGAAGAGGAUCAUCAGUGAUGAACACUGGUAUCUGGACCUGCCAGAGCUCAAAGCUAAAGAGAACCUGAUCAUAGAGGAGAAGAGUUUUGUUCCCUGUGAGGAACUGAAGUACGGACGCAUCUCGUUCAAGGGUUUUAAUCCAGAAGUGGAGAAACUGAUGACUCUGAUGAAUCCGAAGGACGAGGAGGAGAAAGGAGAGGAAGAGGAGGUCAGCCGGAUGCAGACAGACGUCACAGAUGAAGAAAUGGCUCUGAGGUACGAGAGUUUAGUCGGGAGCAUGAAGAAGAAGUUUGCAAAGAAGCGUCAGAGAGCAGUGAUAGAAGAAGAAGACGUCAACCAGAACGUGGUAGAAACCAACACGAAGAGAGUCUUUCUGAAACCUCAGGACUGAACCAUGGACGGACUUUUUAUUUUUGAGUGACUCAGUGAUUUUUUUACAGCUGAGGCUGGUUGGAUGUUAUACAUCCUGUUUUUAAAAAAAAGAUUAAUGUUUAAGAUGUUUUACAGCGUGUGCAGAGUGAGGCCUUCAUUAAACACACAGCUCAGUGUA